AUGUUGUCGAUCAUCUUCGUUUAUAUUUACUUCCUCACGUUUCUUUCUUCCACUGUCCAACACCGCUGUCUUGAGUUUUGCGACGUAUACCUAAGCUUUAACGAAACACUCGAUGUCAUCUCGUCUGCUUGCGAUAAAACAUUUGAAUCUGGCGAGUGUUUCACUGAACUUAGCUUUGAUUACGUAUCAAAAUUGAUACACAUCAAAUUCGGGGAGCAAAGUGUUGUUAGUGCAAAUGCAACAUCGGACGAUUAUUAUCUAUCCCAUGAGACGGAACUGUGGCAUGAAACAUUCAAUGUGCAAUGGACUAUAUUCAAACAUAAAUGUUACAAUGAAGACACCUGUGAUUUAAAAUACGUUAAUACGAAAAUACUCGAAAUGCGCAAAUUAACUUGGAAUUUUGCUGAAUUUCAACAGAAACUAUAUUCGGCAUUGUUCACACCUGACUCAACUUUGGACACCAUUCGGUGUGCGUCAACAGAUGGUCAACCAGCAACGUGUUCUGACGGAAUCAAGUCCUGCAGUCUAAACAUGGACAAUCUUCGUUUCAAUAACACACAAAGAGGUUGUUCGUCGCACAGCGAUGAUCACACACGAAAACAAUUGGGAAUCAAAGAGGAAACAGCGUACUUUCUCAAUGGUAAAGAAGAUGCUCGACAAAGUCUAGUUGAAUAUGUUUGUAAUCAUGAUUUAUGUAACGAACGAGAUCCAUAUCAUAUUGUCAUGAAACUAUUGAUCGAAUACAAUCUAUUACGUCCAGAUACACCAAUAGAACCUCCGUUUUCGAUGUCCAGUUUGAAUCAACCAGUGAAGAAAACAUUAUUUUUCUCUCUUUUUCUCGUUCUAUUUUAUAUUUCAUAA